CCGAUCUUGAUCGCCGAGAUGACGAUGGCUUAUGGUUAUUGUGGCCAUGCACCGAUCCUCACAAGGCAGAUAUCGAUCGUGGAUUCGUGGGUCUCGUCUGCGGGCGUGCACAUCCCGUCCACUCUUCAGGCCAUCGGGGCCAGAAUCUCUAGAGAAACUGCAAAAGUCAUCACAAUGAAUACGUGAUAGGGCUUCUUAUUAGCUCAAACUUCCGAGAGCCGCCGAACAUGAUCCAAAUAUCUCAGGGAGCAACUGCAGCAAACAGCCUCACAGGCUCACAGGCUCAUAGGCCCAUGGCCACAUGCCACCACCGGAAACAAAACCAACACACGCAAUAUGUAUGGACAUUCUGCGAAUUCUUCACAACUUCACAAGUAUCCUCAAAAAAGAUGCUCCCAGGUUCUGGACCAGCCCCCAAAAACCUCCCCCACUUCUCGUUCCCUUUUUCGUAUCUAGGGCCAACAUCGCGACUUGAUCAUUGGAGAGCCGCGCGAGCACGGUCGUGGCGGCCCCGCACGCGAUCAUCGCGGACGACCCAGGCCAUUGCGGCAAGAUGGGCUGGAGAUCCUAAUAAGACGGGUCUCGGGUUGGCUGUUUUCACGGCAGCCUCAGGGUCCGAGACAGUAACGCUCGUACUAAAAGUUUCCCUUGUCCUCGUCGUCCAGGCUGUGUUGCCGGGACGGACAAUACAAAUACAUAGUAUAUUGCGGCGCAGGAAGAGGAGCAAAUGGGGUGGAUGAUGGUUGAAUGUUGAUGAUUGUGGAUCGUGCAUGAAGGCACCCGUGAUUCCCUACCGCAUCCAACAAAUUCUGAGCCCUGCUCAGGAUCCCAAAACUUGGGAAACGAAU